GUCACAGGAGCCGCGAGGAGCUGUCAGCCAAUCAGAGCUCUCGAUCCUACAGAGGGAGGGAGCGGAAGUGGAGGGCGGAGUUCCGGUGGGGAGCGGUGGGGACGGAGGCAAUGGAGUUCCCUGGCGGCAGUGACAACUUCCUGGCCAUCACUGGCAGCGCUCACCCCUUCCUCAGUGGGGCAGAGACCUUCCACACCCCCAGCCUGGGGGAUGAGGAGUUCGAGAUCCCCCCGAUCCCAUUGGACUCGGACGUCGUGGGUCACUUCGAGGACUUGGGGGGCAGCAAUGGGGCAGGGGUGGGGGGAGGGGCCGCCCACUAUGGGGUGCAGGGGUUGGAGAUGGGGAUGGGGCAUGCGCUGAUGGAGCAGGGAGCUGGGCUGCUGGCUAUGGAGCUGGAGGCCUCCAUGAGCACCCCCUACAGCACCACCCCCCCCGUCACCAUCGACGUCCCCAUAGCGGGGCUGCUGGGCCCGGGUCAGCUGACCACCAUCGACCAAUCAGAGCUCAGCACGCAGCUGGGGCUGAGCCUGGGAGCCAAUGGGGGGGCAGGAAGCGGAACCCCCCCUCCCCCCCCCCAAGCGGAGGCCCCGCCCCCCCCCGAGGAGAGGCUCUCGCCCCCCCCAUCCCCAACGGGGUCUAUGCAGGAGGAGGAGGCUGAGGAGUUCCGGAGGCCCCAAAAUGACCCUAAAUUGCCCAAAAUGACUCUAACUCCGCCCCCCGGCCCCUGCGACCCCCCCCGUGUUCGGGGCAAGCCCCCCAAGAAGGGCAAGAAGAAGAAGGACCCCAAUGAGCCCCAGAAGCCUGUGUCUGCCUAUGCCCUGUUCUUCCGGGACACACAAGCUGCCAUCAAGGGGCAGAAUCCCAGCGCCACCUUCGGGGAGGUGUCCAAGAUCGUGGCCUCCAUGUGGGAUAGUCUGGGGGAGGAGCAGAAACAGGUGUACAAGAGGAAGACAGAGGCAGCCAAGAAGGAAUACCUGAAAGCCUUGGCCGCUUACCGAGCCAUCCUGACCUCCGACCCCCCCCGACGCCGACCCCUCCAGGCCGAGGAGGAGGUGGUGGAGAUGGUGGGGGGGGAGUUCGGGGGAGAGGCUGACUCCCCCCCCGGGCUGGCAGUGGAGCUGGUCCCUGAGGACCCUCCCCCCCCGCGCUGCAUCCGGGCUGGAUGUGGGAACCCACCAGUGGCCAGUGGGGACUGGGAUGAGGAGUACUGCAGCAGUGAGUGCGUGGUCAGGCACUGCAGGGACGUGUUCCUGGCCUGGCUCGCCGCCCGCAACUCCAGCCCCAACAACGUGGUCUUCGUCAAGUGACCCCAUUGACUCUUAUGGGGCACGGCCCUAUAGACGCUUAUGGGGCACAGCAUCCCCAUAGGCUCUUAUGGGGCACAGCAUCCCCAUAGGCUCUUAUGGGGCACAGCAUCCCCAUAGGCUCUUAUGGAGCAUCCCCCUAUAGACACUUAUGGGGC